UGCCACCAUUUUGGUGAGGGAGUGAAGCUCCAGCAGCGGACAAGCAGCGAGCGGACGCUUUAUUCCUUCGCUCUUUGUACCUACAGGGCUUGGAUGGAAGAGUGAGAUCGAGUGGGUCACUGCGCCCCGAAGCCAGCAGGGGGAAGAGAAGAGCCGCUACGGGCGGUCGGGUGGUGAGCGAGUCGAGUGCUGCGGCCUAGUGGCGCCGGCACUCGUCCAUCCAGUCGGUGCUGGCGAGAAGCGGCGGGCUCGGAUCCGACUGCGGCAGCCGCGUCGCUCUCUUGCAAUAUGUUCAAGAGAAUGGCGGAAUUCGGGCCUGACUCCGGAGGGAGAGUGAAGGGUGUCACAAUAGUUAAACCAAUUGUCUUUGGAAAUGUUGCUCGUUAUUUUGGAAAGAAGCGAGAGGAGGAUGGACACACUCAUCAGUGGACAGUGUAUGUCAAACCUUACAGAAAUGAAGAUAUGUCUGCAUAUGUAAAGAAGAUACAAUUCAAGCUUCAUGAAAGUUAUGGUAACCCUCUGAGAGUUGUUACCAAGCCUCCAUAUGAAAUCACCGAAACUGGAUGGGGUGAAUUUGAAAUUAUAAUCAAAAUUUUCUUCAUAGAUCCAAAUGAAAGACCGGUAACUCUCUAUCACUUGCUGAAGCUGUUUCAGUCUGAUAGUAAUGUAAUGCUGGGCAAAAAGACAGUGGUCUCUGAGUUUUAUGAUGAAAUGAUCUUCCAAGAUCCCACAGCAAUGAUGCAACAACUGUUGACAACAUCUCGACAGCUAACACUUGGAGCCUACAAACAUGAAACUGAGUUUGCAGAACUUGAAGUGAAGACCAGGGAAAAGCUAGAAGCUGCCAAAAAGAAGACCAGCUUUGAAAUUGCAGAGUUUAAAGAAAGAUUGAAAGCAAGCCGAGAAGCGAUCAACUAUUUAAAGAGUGAAAUCAAAAAGAUUGAAGAUGAUGAUCAGGGAAAGGAAAGCUGAGUAAUAUUCACCAAAUUACCUGGAAGUCUUUAAUAAGAACUUAACUAAUUUGCUGAGAGCAGUAUAUAAAAACAAAACUUUGCAUUGCCUUCUCUGUGACUGAAUGUUGGAUCACUCAACUUUAAAUUAUACCUUGGGGAAGCCACAGCAAAUGAUUUUUUUAACUUUGAAAUGAACAUAUUUAAAUCCAACUUGAGAACACUGAACAAUCUUUCUAGUUUUCUAAACAGAAUUGUACAAAAUAUAACAAUGAAAAAGUGUGAAAGAAAUGGUGUGCAUCUGUUUUAUAUGUGAGUUUACUCUGUGCAGUUUUCUGUUUUGUAUUUAAGGUAUUUGUUACAGCUGCUUUUAAAGCUUGUAUAUCAAUAAAUACUUUUUUUUGUUAAGCCUGCUGUGGUCUAAGAAUGGGCUGGGGUGGACAAAUUGGGACUGAUGUUUUUUUUUGUGUAUCAUGCCACUUUUUUAAUGCUGUGCAUUCCAUAGAUGCCAUAGAUGGGCAAUUGCAAUGCUACAGAGCAGUUCAGCCUUUUUUGGGCUUAAGAAAUUGAUGGGGGAGAAAAUUGGUGUUUUCAAUAUUUCAUCUGUAUUUUUUGUGUUUGUACAUGCCUUAAAAUAGAAAAAUCCCUCCCCCUGCUUGAUGGCUGAUACAUUUCCAAAGACUUUGCCCAAGCUCUUCAAAAAGAAGAAUGUUCUUAAUGUGCAUUUGAUUAGUGGAGAAAAUUUUCCUUUUAUUCACUUUUUGGGGAUCUGGUCAUUGCCCAACCUCUAAUUGUUGUUGAGAGGGUGGUUUUGAGCAACUUUCCUGAACUGGUAACACUGAAUCUAUAUCAUUGGUGCUGUUGACUGUUCAUAUAGUUGACAAUUUUAUCCUUUUCAGCACUGAAGUAGGCAAAUGGAAUGGCUAAAGCUGUAACAGUUUAAAAAGGUCUCAAGGAAGCAAAUACAUCCAUUACUCUCCAUAUUCUUUUGUCCAGAUUUAAAAUCAUGGGUUCAUUGUAGUGAUGCAAAGGCAUGACAGUCCUCAUUUAUUACACUUUUCUGAGACUUUUCUGAGACUGUUGAGAGUCAAUCUGCAGUACUUUUCAAGAAUCUUUUCAGUAGCAUGUUCUCUACAGAAAUACUGGCUGUGAAUUUUUCAUGUAUUUGGUGGUAACAGAAAAACAUGCAAUUAAUUUUUGUCAUCAUAAUAUUGUGAAACUACAGCUUCUGGAGAACAUGUAGUUAAAUUCUGAAGUGGCUGCCGGCGAUGGCCCCUCUUUUUCCCACAGUGCUAUAUUUUGCAAUCGCCAUCAGUAAGUCUUCAGAAAUGAGUGAAUACAAAAAAAAUUGCUCUUUACAAAUUAUUCCCACAGUAAAGUGCUUGAAAAAGUUAUGGUUCAUUGAUAUGGUGUAAAUGAGUUUUAAAGGGUGUGUAAAGCCAAAAUACUUACAAAUUCUUUGACCCUGAGAAAAAUCUAGAAUGUAAUUUCAAAUUACAUUUUUUUAUAUUUCAGUUUCCAACUUAAGCUGAAGUGUAUAUGUAAUCUUUUUGUGUUCAAAAUAUUGGGUAAAGGUUAUGCUUUUGCUUCUUU